AUGAAUGUGUCAGGAGUCAACACCGUGACUGAAUUCAUAUUGCUGAGUUUCCAGUGCUCCAGAAAGGUUCAGCUCUUCCUCUUCGUGCUAUUCUCUGUUACCUAUAUCUUGACACUGAUGAGCAAUGGGGCUAUCAUCUGUGCAGUGAAGCUAGAUCACAGGCUGCACACUCCAAUGUACAUUCUGCUGGCCAACUUCUCCUUCCUAGAGAUCUGCUACAUCAAUACUACUGUUCCCAAUAUGUUAGAGAACUUCCUGUCUGAGACCAAAACCAUCUCGUUCACAGCCUGCUUCCUCCAAGUCUACUUCUUCUUCUCCACGGGCAUCGCUGAGACCUUCUUACUGCCCCUCAUGGCUUUUGAUCGAUACCUGGCCAUCUGCAGGCCUCUCCACUAUCCAACCAUCAUGACCAAUCAUCUCUGUAUGAACUUAGUGACCAUCUGCUGGGUGACAGCCUUCCUUUGCUAUCCAGUCCCUAUCUAUUUUAUCACACAACUUCCCUUUUGUGGCCCCAAUACCAUUGACCACUUUGUCUGUGAUACAGGUCCACUUCUGGCCCUAUCCUGCAUCCCAGCCCCUGGAAUUGAGCUUUCCUGUUCUAUAUUGAGUUCUCUUAUUAUCUUCAUAACCUUCUUCUUCAUCAUUGGGUCAUACACCCUAGUUCUCAGAGCAGUGUUAAAGGUCCCUUCAUCAGCUGGCAGGCAUAAGGCUUUCUCCACCUGUGGUUCCCACCUGGUUGUGGUGUCUCUGUUCUACGGGACAGUCAUGGCGAUGUACAUCAGCCCAACCUCUGGAAAUUCAGCUGGGAUACAGAAGAUUGUAACCUUGUUCUACUCAUCAGUGACCCCACUGAUAAACCCUCUGAUCUACAGUCUCCGGAACAAGGAUAUGAAGGCCGCCUUGAUAAAAAUUCAAAUGUGCAUGAAAAUUGAUCAGUCAAGGAGACCAAAUGAAUGA